AAUCGCUCAUCAAAACAGCUUUAUCCACCUACAGGAAGUCUCAAGACUCGAUAUUUUACUACGUUCUUCUAUAUUGGGUAAUUACGAAUAUAUACUACGUGCCAACCAGCGUUCUGGAAUGGAUUUAGGCGAGGCAACAACGCGUUCUUCUGAAGCUGAUGAUGUGCUGAUAUCGAAUAUAAUCCGUACCGCAUCUUAUCAUCGAUGUGACUUUGACUUAGCGGUCAUCAGGACAAAUCCUGAGGAUCAUAGGCCGGUACGCACCUCGCUGGUUGAAGAUAUCCAUAUUACGUAUUCAUGUUUGGGAAAACUUGAAAUCUUGCCGCUUGAGAUUGUUCACCAGAUAUGCCUUCUCCUUGACAUAUGGUCUUUGUUUCGAUUUCGCCAAGUCAAUCGCCGUGCCCGACAGGCCGUCAGUGCCAUUAAUUCUUACAAAGUGGUUGUCAGCCAUGCUCUUGAGGCGCUGUGUAUCACUUUAAGGACCAAUAUCGCGACAUGGUUUCUACUCUCAGACUUAUUCGAUGUUCUAUGUACCAUGAAUUGUCACUUCUGUGGUGCCUUUGGCGGUUUUAUCUUUCUUCUGUCAUUUAGAAGGUGCUGUUUCUCCUGCAUUCGGGCAGAUGCUCUUCCUUGCGUCUUGGCUCUCUCCGAUGUUAAGCACCGCAUCAAGCGGCGUUCGGGACGCGUUUGCAGUAUGAUGCCUACAGUGAGGACUUUACCUGGGAUAUACUCAAUGGCUGAGACGGUACGAAAAAGAAGGACUGAAAUCCGCGCUCUACCUGAACGACGGGUACUACUUCCUUAUAUGGUAACCACAUCCCUACCUUAUUUCGAUCAUAAGAGAGGCGUCGUUCAGAGAGGUAUCUCCUGUAGUGGCUGCCAGGUCGCUUUGGAGAAAGCUCUGAGGUCUUCAAGGGUCGAAUCCGGAGCCUGUGCGAUGAGAGACAAAGUAUACUCACAUAACGAGUUUUUACAUCACUUAAAAGCCUGCCAAGAGGCUCAGAACCUAUGGAAGUCGCGCAGAAGGGGUUAUGAUAACGCUAAUUUCUCUGAGUUCAUUAGACGUGGAGGCUACUUUAAGAGAAGAGAUGUAAUCAUGUCUUUCAAUAGUAAAGAAUAUGCAUAA